UUGACCCAGUGUGCAAAGUGGGAUUGACUGCCCUCAUAUCCCCCUCCCUUCCAAAUCUUCAUAUCUCCUUCCUCCCAAUAUCAUCUCGUUUGCCAACCUCUUCCCCUCCCUGAUCUCCUUGACUUUCUUCGACGCAAGAAACCUCUGUGGUUGUGUUCAGUUGCAUCUCGUCCCUCAUCCCUACUACCCCACCAUGGCCUCCUCAACACGCGAGCGGCGGCCCAGCACCAGCGCUCCGCUGUCCGAUCUCAAAGGUCCAAUUGGGCCUGGGUUCUCCCGCCCGAAGCAUAAGAGAACCGUGACAGGAUUCGGUCCGGCGGAGAUCAAGAGCGUGGAAGCCAGUAUACCAGAACCUCAACGGGAAGCUUGGAAGAAGUUCGCACCGAAGCCUUUCCAGACAGCCGAGGAGUUUGAGAGAGAAGCUAUCCGACAUAUCGAGACCACCCUUGCGCGAUCCUUGUACAAUUGCGAUGAAUUCGCGACAUACGCCGGGACUGCCCUCGCAUUUCGCGACCGGCUCAUCAUCGAUUGGAAUACGACGCAGCAGAACCAUACGUUCAAGGACCAGAAACGCGUAUACUACCUUUCUCUCGAGUUCUUGAUGGGUCGGACACUCGACAAUGCCAUGCUGAACGUUGGGCUCAAGAACAUCGCCAAGGAGGGGCUUGAAAGUCUCGGCUUCCGAAUGGAGGACAUCGUCGCUCAGGAGCACGAUGCGGCUCUUGGAAACGGUGGGCUUGGACGUCUUGCCGCUUGCUUUCUGGAUAGUCUAGCAUCCCUGAACUAUCCUGCGUGGGGAUAUGGCCUCCGAUAUCGCUAUGGUAUCUUCAAGCAGGAGAUUGUGGACGGCUACCAGGUCGAAGUUCCCGACUACUGGUUGGACUUCAACCCGUGGGAGUUCGCUCGUCAUGAUAUCAAGGUCGACGUCCAGUUUUACGGUUCCGUCAGGAAGUAUCAGGACGACGACGGCAAAUCCAUCAGUGUUUGGGAGGGGGGCGAGAUUGUGCAAGCUUUGGCUUUUGAUGUUCCAAUUCCCGGCUACCAGACUGCCACCACGAACAACUUGCGGCUAUGGGGCAGUAAAGCAGCAUCUGGCGAGUUUGACUUCCAGAAAUUCAACUCGGGUGAUUAUGAGAGCUCAGUCGCCGACCAGCAGCGAGCCGAGACCAUCUCUGCUGUGUUGUAUCCAAAUGACAACCUCGAACGAGGAAAGGAACUUCGUCUAAAGCAACAGUACUUCUGGUGCGCGGCAUCAUUAUACGAUAUCGUCCGCCGAUUCAAGAAGACCCAUCGCUCUUGGACCGAAUUCCCUAACCAAGUGGCCAUUCAACUGAAUGACACGCAUCCCACCCUUGCGAUUCCCGAGCUAAUCAGGAUUUUGAUUGAUCUCGAAGGCUUGGACUGGGACCAGGCAUGGGACAUCACUAGCAAGACCUUUGGGUAUACCAACCACACUGUGCUGCCGGAGGCACUUGAAAAGUGGUCGGUCCCGCUCAUGCAACAUCUCCUCCCCCGCCACCUUCAAAUUAUCUACGACAUCAACCUCCAAUUCCUCCAGUAUGUCGAACGAACCUUCCCCAAGGACCGAGACAUGCUCUCCCGCGUCUCGGUCAUCGAGGAGUCCAACCCCAAGAUGGUUCGCAUGGCGUAUAUCGCGGUCAUUGGGUCUCACAAAGUCAACGGCGUGGCGGAGCUGCAUUCGGACCUCAUCAAGACAACCAUUUUCAAGGAUUUCGUUGCGAUCUUUGGUCCUGAUAAAUUCACGAACGUUACCAACGGUAUCACUCCCAGACGAUGGCUACACCAAGCCAACCCUCGGCUUUCCGAGCUGAUCGCGAGCAAACUGGGCGGCUAUGAUUUCCUCAAGGAUCUGACGAUGCUCCACAAGCUGGAAGCCUACGUCGACGACGCUGCGUUCCGCAAGGAGUUCCAGGAGAUCAAAUACGCCAACAAAGUUCGGCUCGCGAAGCUCAUCAAGGACUCGACUGGCGUGAGCGUCAAUCCGGCGUCGCUGUUCGACAUUCAGGUCAAACGCAUCCACGAGUACAAGCGCCAGCAGCUGAACAUCUUCGGCUGCAUCCACCGCUACCUGCAGAUCAAGGCGAUGACCCCUGCCGCACGGAAGAAGGUCAUGCCGCGGGUGCACAUCUUCGGCGGCAAGGCGGCCCCGGGAUACUGGAUGGCGAAGACGGUCAUCCACCUCAUCAACCAAGUAGGCAAGGUCAUCAACUCCGACCCCGACGUUGGCGACCUGAUGAAGGUCAUCUUCCUCGAGGACUACAACGUCAGCAAGGCCGAAUUGAUCGUGCCGGCCAGCGAUAUCAGCGAGCACAUUUCGACCGCCGGCACCGAGGCCAGCGGGACCAGCAACAUGAAGUUCGUCCUGAACGGCGGGUUGAUCAUCGGGACCUGCGACGGCGCCAACAUCGAAAUCACCCGCGAGAUCGGCGAAGCCAACAUCUUCCUCUUCGGCAACCUCGCCGAAGACGUCGAAGACCUCCGCCACGCGCACCUUUACGGGCGCUACCAACUCGACCCCGCGCUCGCCACCGUAUUCGACGCGAUCAAGCACGGGACCUUUGGCGACGCAUCCUCGUUCUCGGCGCUGGUCAACGGGAUCGUCGACCACGGCGACUACUACCUCGUCUCGGACGACUUCGCGUCGUACUGCAAGACGCAGGAGCUGAUCGACGAGGGAUAUCGGAAUCAGGAGGAGUGGGUGACAAGGGCGAUCACGAGCGUGGCGCGGAUGGGGUUCUUUAGUAGUGAUCGGUGCAUUGAUGAGUAUGCUGAGAUGAUCUGGAAUGUAGAGCCGGUUGUGCCGGAGUAGUAUGGGGGUGGUUUUCUAGGGAAUGAGGCAUGUCGGGUCGUGGGUUAGGGUAAGGAAGGGAUGGUGCAGAUAGCGAAUUUGACAUCUCUUGGGUACCGUGAUUACGGUUGAUUUGUUCAUUUCACGAAAGCGGAGCGAAUAUGAAUUUC